GCCACACCUUGAGGUGCAUAAUAUUAUUGCACCCCCAAUGCUGAGAAGAGAUGCCAACCUCUUGGAAAGAGUCCAACGACGGGCAACAAAAGGAGUGGUUGGUCUCCGAAACAAACCAUAUGAUGAAAGGCUGAAGAAAUUAGGCCUGUUCACACUUAGUUACCGUCGGCUUAGGGGGGAUUUGAUUACUGCCUACAAAAUAACAAAUGACCAGAAUCACCCAAACAAAGGUGUUCUGCCAUUGAGUAGGUAUAGGCUUCCACGUGGAAAUCCCAGAAGGAUAGCUCACCAGAGGGCAAGGACCCGGGUGCGCUCCCACUUCUUUUCACUGCGGGUUUGUCGUCCCUGGAAUUCCUUACCGGCAGAUGUAGCUAUGGCACCGUCUUUGGACGCCUUUAAGCGAAGGCUGGACAACCAUGCAGCGAUACAAGGACUGCAUCCAAAUGGCCUAUCUCCUUAAAAUCGCAUUUACCAAUCAGGGUAGAUAAUUAAACUCGUCAUUUUACUUCUUUACAUUCUCUCCCGUCUUACUCUCCUGACAACUUAUUAAUAUUAUAAUUACUAUUAUUAUUAUUAUUACU